UGACGGAGGCCUCUAGGCGUGGGAGAGCAGUCCUCUUGCUCCUGGCCCACCAGACCCCGCCCCACCCUGGUGCAGCAGGAGGGGACCUGGCCUUGGGGUGACGGCAGCAGCCAUGUCACGGCCAGGCCAGGGCAUGAUGGUCCCAGUGUCCGGGCUGGGCUUCCCCCCGCAGAAUGUGGCCCGGGUGGUGGUGUGGGAGUGGCUAAAUGAAUACAGCCGCUGGCGUCCCUACACGGCCACCGUGUGCCACCACAUCGAGAAUGUGCUCAAGGAGGAUGCCCGGGGCUCGGUGGUCCUGGGCCAGGUGGACGCCCAGCUGGUGCCCUACAUCAUCGACCUGCAGUCCAUGCACCAGUUUCGCCAAGACACAGGCACCAUGCGGCCGGUGCGACGCAACUUCUACGACCCGUCGUCGGCGCCCGGCAAGGGGAUCGUGUGGGAGUGGGAGAACGACAGCGGCGCGUGGACGGCCUACGACAUGGACAUCUGCAUCACCAUCCAGAACGCCUACGAGAAGCAACACCCGUGGCUCGACCUCUCCUCGCUCGGCUUCUGCUACCUCAUCUACUUCAACAGCAUGUCGCAGAUGAACCGCCAAACGCGCCGCCGCCGCCGCCUGCGCCGCCGCCUGGACCUCGCCUAUCCGCUCACGGUCGGCUCCAUCCCCAAGUCGCAGUCGUGGCCCGUGGGCGCCAGCUCGGGCCAGCCCUGUUCGUGUCAGCAGUGCCUGCUGGUUAACAGCACGCGCGCCGCCUCCAACGCCAUCCUGGCCUCUCAGCGCCGCAAGGCGACCCCUGCGCCCGCGCCCCCGCCGCUGCCGCCACCACCGCCGCCGCCUCCUGGAGGACCUCCGGGCACGCUCGCUGUGCGCCCCAGCGCCACCUUCGCCGGCGCUGCGCUCUGGGCCGCGCCUGCCACCGGUCCCCCUGAGCCCACACCGCCUCCCACGGGACCCCCGAGGAGCCCAAGCGCCCCCAGCGGCGCGCCGGUCCCCGGGCAGAACAACCUCAACCGGCCGGGACCCCAGCGUUCCACAGGCGUGAGCGCGCGCGCCUCCAUCCCGCCUGGGGUCCCCGCGCUCCCGGUGAAGAAUUUGAACGGUACCGGGCCGGUCCACCCGGCCCUGGCAGGCAUGACCGGGAUCCUGUUGUGCGCCGCGGGGCUGCCCGUGUGCCUGACGCGCGCGCCCAAGCCCAUCCUGCACCCGCCGCCCGUGAGCAAGAGCGACGUGAAGCCAGUGCCUGGCGUGCCCGGAGUGUGCCGCAAGACCAAGAAGAAGCACCUCAAGAAGAGUAAGAACCCAGAGGAUGUGGUUCGGCGAUACAUGCAGAAGGUCAAGAACCCACCUGAUGAGGACUGCACCAUCUGUAUGGAGCGACUGGUCACAGCCUCGGGCUACGAGGGUGUGCUCCGGCACAAGGGUGUGCGGCCGGAGCUGGUGGGCCGUCUGGGCCGCUGCGGCCACAUGUACCACCUGCUGUGCCUAGUGGCCAUGUACUCCAAUGGCAACAAGGAUGGCAGCUUGCAGUGUCCCACGUGCAAGGCCAUCUAUGGUGAGAAGACGGGCACACAGCCUCCGGGGAAGAUGGAGUUCCACCUCAUCCCCCACUCGCUGCCAGGCUUUGCGGACACUCAGACCAUCCGCAUCGUCUAUGACAUCCCCACGGGCAUCCAGGGCCCCGAGCACCCCAACCCGGGUAAGAAGUUCACGGCCAGAGGUUUCCCACGCCACUGCUACCUGCCCAACAACGAGAAGGGGCGCAAGGUGCUACGGCUGCUCAUCACAGCCUGGGAGCGUAGACUUAUCUUCACCAUCGGCACAUCCAACACCACGGGCGAGUCGGACACCGUGGUGUGGAACGAGAUCCACCACAAGACGGAAUUCGGCUCCAACCUGACAGGCCACGGCUACCCCGACGCCAGCUACCUGGACAACGUGCUGGCUGAGCUCACGGCCCAGGGUGUCUCCGAAGCAGCGGCCAAGGCCUGAGGCCCCCCACCCCAGCCCACGCGGCUGGCUGCUUGCCUUCCCUUCUGCUUUUGCCCCUGGCCUGGCACAUGGCACACACCUGCCUCCCUCCGCCGGGGCGUGUCCUGGUACCCUGGCUCAGGGUUGGGGCGGAGCCUGCAGAAGGGGCGGGAAUAUUCCCAGGCAGUCAGGCCAGGCUCUCCAGCUCCAGUGGGGCUGCAGAGAGAGAGUUCUAGAAACCACAGUGACCUCCCCCCAGGAAGAUGGCACCCCACGCCCUCACAUACAUACACACACACGUCCUGCUGAACACACGCACGCACACCCAUGUGCCUCUACCAACCCCCGUGCAGGGGGAGAAGAGACGGGAAGUUCCCCCAGGGAUUCUCAUCUGUGUAGGGACAGUGCUCCUGGGCUGCUGUGCACACAAGACCAGUUCAACCACCUGGGGCACAUUGGGUCUUGGGGAGCCCAGCCCAGUACCCCUCCCCCGGCUUCACCCACUGAUGUGCUGAGAGCUACAAGUCCCGAGUAGGCUGACAGGCGAGUGGGCUAAAGGGGUCUCCUGUGUCUCUUCCCCCUCCCUCCUUCCCAUGGCCAUCUCCAGGCCUAUGUCUGUCUGUCCCAGGUAGGGGCACCUGCUCUGCUCCUCAUCCCACCCUGUCACCCAGCGUUCCCCAGCGUGGAGAUCCAAAGGCUACCGCGUCUGGCUUCUGCGGGGACUGGAAAGGGGAGGGGGGUGUUCGCUUAGGAGCCCACAGCAAAGAAUCAGCUUCCCUCUCCUUGGGAGUGGACAGUGGGGUGCUGAUCCUCUCCGGCCAACCAGGGGCCUGUUGCCCCAGCAACUCACCAGCUCCGCCUCUGGUGAUUGGCUGCCUCCUCUGUGGCAGUCAGCCAGGAUUUAAAGGAACGCCAGCCACUGCUCUUCGGAAAACCCACCAGUUCCAUUGUGGCUGGAGGAAUAAAUGGUCUUUCUCCUCCUCA